UUAUAUAAUCUCAUCUCAUCUCAACUCAACUCAUCUCACCCAAACACACUAUUGCAGCAUCCCAUCCCCCGCCUUAUCAGCCCAACACAGUCGGCCAGCCCCUUGUGCUCUGGUGAGCCCCUGAAAUCCAGCGGCUUUGUGGAGAACUCUGUUGUAGCAAGCAUCACUACCCCAUCCCCUGCUUUGCACAAAUUCGGAUUGGCGCAGCUUGUCUUCGGCCCCACUGCCACCUCUCGCCAGUCUACAGGGGACCGUCAAUCUGGCGAUCCUGCUAGUCCGAUCUCUUCGACUGCCGACAUCUCCUCUACUUCUCAGCCUGGUGUAGCCUCAGACGCCGAAGUUUUGUCAAGCCGCUACCUCGAUUCCCGUCCAGCUGGGCACAUCGGGUCCAAGACGACUCCGUCAGACGGUGAGGUGGAGUUGCACGAUCGACCUCUGCUCUUAUCUUCCACCGACACCAUCGACACGGGGACUCGAACUUGGCCGACCGAUUCACCAAACGGGCCAGUUUCAUCCGGUGAACCGGACUCCAUGUUGCGGACAGUCGGUGUAACCGCAAGUGAUAGCCACGACGACACAACCAGCCUCGCCUACAUUUUGGCCCGGCGUCACUCGCGUUUGGUACAAUCGCCCAACAGCCAACCCUCCACCGGGUUUGCCCAACCAUUAAUGGCUUCGAGUCUAUGCUGCGGGCCGAAGACAGCCUCAGUCAGACCCGCCCAUCUCGAUUCUGUCAAAACAUCCGCCACAAAACUCACGAACCUGCCCAACUACGGCAGACGAGCAGGCACCUCGACAACUGCCGCCUCAAAGCUGCUACACAACCACCUGAAGAGACCCGUAGUCGGCGCUUCUUGUCCGGGACAGGUUGUGAAAGCGAGGCUGGCUACUUUUCCGCUCGCCCCACUCGGACCCAUCGACAGUGUUUGUCCGCUUUCCACAACCAGUCCGUCAGUCUCCAUACCUUCGAGUCCCGCCACGGAGCGGACUCGGAGCAACGGAGUAGCCGUUGCUGGAACGCGGUUUCCCGGCCUCUCGGCAACUUCUUCUCUUUGCACAUCUGCUUCAUCGACAUUGUCAAACCACGCUUUUUCAGGGCCAGCCUCGUCCAGGAGCCUACAGCUCAGCAUUGCCUUCAACCAGUUGAUGAAGUCAUUUAUGCCGGCGUCGACGGCCGUCUAUUCACCACAGCCAUCGCCUCCACUUGCAUCACAGCCGGACCCAUCGACAAUGACAAAAUUUGCCUCUGAAAGACUCGUCGACGGCCUGACGACACAUUCUAUAAAGCCACCUUUUCUGUCGGGAAACGGAUCCGACUGGCUCCGAAAAGAGCAAAUCGAAUGGGAGCCACGAAGUGCAGGGCGAUCCAGCCUGAUGAACAGGACAGAGGCCAGACUGUUCAGUGAACAUCACGGGUGA